AUGUUAGAAGCAUCAACACCAGCGUUGACAACGUCAACAAAAGACAACAAUGAAAAAGAAAUCGGGUGUUUACGCGAUUAUUUCAAAGAAAAUAUUCGAGUACUGGAAAAUAUUGGACAAUUUUCUUAUAUAAUUAAAAUACGUUUAGAUGAAUAUGAUGCAUCACUCACAUUUCAAUUAGACAGUACGUAUUUGACUAGAAUUCAAUGA